GUUGGAUAAUCAAAGUGCUGCUAAAUUGACAGCAGUAGUCUGCUGGGGAUGUUGAUCUACAGACGCAAAAUGGCGCCGCGUUGAUAAUUUUUGCCGCGGCUGGCUCAUUUGUUUUUAUUUGUGAGGUCGACAGAUGAUAAUUGUUACAUGGUUGUGUGAUGCUCCUGCGCUAUCUCUGUUACUUGAACUCAAGUUUUAGUUGCAUCGAAUAAUGGCUGACACAUUUGGAAGGUUCCACUGCAACUACUGCCAGGAAAACAUCAAUGGCUUGAGGAUAAAAUGUGUUGAAUGUGAAGAUUUUGAUCUAUGCUUGCAGUGUUUCGCAUGUGGGGCCGAAAUUGGCAAGCACAAGAACAACCACAGCUACCAAUUCAUGGACCCGGGCAACUUUACCGUGUUCAACGGCGAGAGCUCAUGGACGGCCAAGGAGGACGUGCGGCUUCUUGACGCCAUCGAACAGUAUGGCUACGGCAACUGGGUGGACAUUGCCAAACACAUCGAGCGACGCACACCGGAUGAGGCCCAGGAGAAGUUCGUCACCUACUUCGUGAACGGCGUGAUCGGCCGACAGACGAUGCCGCCCAUCUCCGAGCUGGAACGGAUGCCCGUGGCCGUGGACCACACGGCGGCUGAUGGCGCCGGCCCGCUCUCCCCCAGUCUGACCAUGGCACCGGGCAUGGCGCCGCUACAGCUGGAGCCGGAACAGGCCGUACAGCUCGGAUACAUGCCGCUCAGGGACGACUUUGAACGGGAGUACGACAACACCUGUGAGACGCUGGUCUCCCAGCUGAACAUCGGCAGUGUCGAGGACGAGGACGUUGAUGUCGCGCUGAAGUUGGCGCACGUCGACAUGUACGUGCAGCGGCAGCGGGAGCGCGCGCGGCGGAAGCGCGUGGUGCGCGACUACCAGCUACCGGCGGCGUUCUUCGAGGAGCUGAAGAAGGAGGCGCUGCUUCAGGUGCCGGGAGGCGCGCGCAUGCCCCGCCGCAGGAAGGACAAAGGCCGCACGCUGGCCGACCGGCUGCGCACUCUCGGCCAGUUCCUGACCAGGAGCGAGUACCAGCAGUUUCAUGACAACCUGCAGGCGGAGAAGGACCUGGUGUACAGGAUCAAAGAGCUGAUGAGGUACCGGCGGAACGGUAUCACCAAGAUCGCCGACUGCGUGGAGUUUGAGCGCGCCAGGGCCAGGCGCAACGCCGAAAACGGAGGCGAGGACAAAAAGGCACACGAUCCAGAUUCCCGGCAGGCGCAGGCGCCUCUGCUCGGGCCACAAAGCGCAAGAAAAAGCUGCGCUUCUCCCGAAAGAAAGAGCGAAACUCUCGCUACUGGCGCUUCAUCCUCGCUCAGCGGGAGCUUCUCGACAAGCGACAGCAGCAGCAGCAGUCUCAGCCAGUCCGCGGCCGGUCCGGCGGCCGCUGAUGAGCUGCCCCCGUCGCCGCCGUCGCCGCCGCCGUACACCGCCGAGCCUGAGCCGCUGAACGAGUCCGCCGGAUACCACAUGCUCAGCAAAGCCGAGAAACGGCUGUGCGCCCGCCUCCGUCUGCGGCCUGCCAACUACGUGGCGCUAAAGACGGGUCUGCUCAGCGAUCAGCUGAUGCGGUGUCGUGGCGAUCCGGUCCGACCCCGCGCGCUCACAGGCCUCGACAAGCACCACCGCAAACAGAUCCUCUCGUUCCUGGUCACUGCCGGAUGGAUCACCGCCUGAGUUAGAGGAGAGCUGGACCGCUCCGGCCCAGAGUGGCGUCAGUGGUCCAUUAACCCGUUCAGUUUGGGAGGAAUCGGCUGCUGGCCAUAGCUGGGCCGGGGCGGGGCUCAGGGAGUGUUUGGGUAUUAAUGGUAGCUGAUCGGGAUCUGGGUUCUUUUCUUGAAACACUUUUUAUAGAAGGUUUGCCUUGUUUGAUGUUUCUGUUAUCCGGAAAGCAUAGUUUCAUUUCGUAGGGAUAAUUUCACUACCAGGGUUGACUUUGGGGCCGUUUUGGAGCUAAGUCCGAUGUGCUGUGUUUUUGGUGGUAUUGUUCGUUUCCUUUUUUGUGGCCUGGCGGUUGCAUCGGCCGUUUCCUUUCACUCAGACGACAGCAACUGCCGUGUUCUUUCUGAUCCGGUGUCUGUGGAAAAGUGCCAUGGGUGCCUGCGGCGACGGUGGCGCCGCCAGCGGAGGCGGGCGACACUACAGUGCGGACGGCUCGACGGUGCGCGGGUGGCGGCGACUGGCGGCAGUUGUGUAAACUACAGAGUACCACACUGCACCAGUCCGAACCAGUCGUUUAGUCUAGUUCAUUGUGGCAUUGCAUCCCGCUUCCAUCAUGUGAUUGUGUUGUGCAUUAUUUUUGCCGAGAGUUGUCAUUCGUACGAGAUGUUCGUAGAUUAUGCACGUUGUUUGUAAUAUACACCAUACAAAGC